AUGCUCGGCAAGACGCUCAAAGCUUUCAUCCUGCUCCAGCUGGUAGUCCUGGCGACUCUUGCUCCGAUUCUUUUCGCACAACGUUUAGGGCCUCAACGCGUCCCCAGCAAUGGGGAACAACAACGAGCCCAUGAAGGGUUCCUCAAUCAAUAUCCUGAAGAAACUCGGGCAACUAUUUGUGCCAAUCGCGGCUUUACGAUGCAAAUCCCUGGUCACAGUGCACCUGCAUACAUCAGUCCUGCCCACAUCGGCUAUUACCAUGCCAUCAAAGUCCCAUCGGAAACCUUGAAGGAAUGUCUCCUCAAUCACAUGAUGGAACGGGGCCAACCUUUCUUUGCCGAACACCCAGACGGAGAUGUGUACUUCUAUAGCGAAAGAACACGUGGGAAAGGGUUCGAAGAGGAACAGGUCGAAGAAACUCAAGCUGCAGGUGUCAGAGAGGUUCUCAGCCGAGAAGGCUCUCGCACCGUCAUCCUACCUAAAAGCAAUCUUGCCGGUGAAGUUGCCGAGACGAGCCGGAAUGCCAGAUCGGGCCUCUCUUCCUUGAGAAAGAUUUGGAAGAGGUCACCCCUUGAGACUAAAGGUAAAACUUCCGUUGGAGACAUACUCCCUCCGAUCGACGAAGAUGAAGUACUCCUGCACAAGGCAGACCAAAACAGUCUUCUGGACACAGGAGCUCUGCAGCGUGAGGAACUUUUGCCCGCUCCAAGAUCCGUGCCCAUCCGAGAAGGGACCAAAGGCUCCUGGUUCUCCGGCUGGAAGUUCCCUUGGUAUGGUGACCGUAGUCUUUCGCCUUCCUUGAGCACGAAGCAGGUCAAUCAAUUGCUUGAAACUUCAAAACUCAGACCAUCAGCCGGCUCACUUAAGGUGUGGCCAGCUACAUUUCGAAAGCAAUUCCUCGCAGUCAAGCUGCCCGGCUACGGAUGGGACGCUGCUACAAUCAAUCGAAUGAGGAAAACAAAUAUGCCUUUCUUCGUUGAAGGAGCUGAUGGUAAGGUUUGGUACCAUAACCCUAAAAAUCAGCCAACGAGAUUUGUUAGGACUAAGAAUAGAUUUGACAAAGAGGUUCGAAGAGCUAUCAGGGAGCAAAAGGUUGACACGGUGGAAAUGCCAUCAUUUGCUAUCAGACCAGCAGCUACGGAGGCAAGAUCGGAACUUUCUUUGACUCAGAGACCCACCAAAGGAGCCAGAGAAUUGUUUGGUAGAGUUGCGGGCGGGUUCAAGUACUUUCGUGGACCUUGA